AUGAAUUCCUCAGCCUGUGCUUUGCCAGACAGUUUCGUGCAAUUCUGCAGCGAUCAGCCAGCUUCCACGUUUUGUUGGAAUGUCAAGGUUGAUAGUGAUUCAACGCUCUUACUUUCUCAUAGAACGAGGGCAGACUUGAUCCAGGACGCUAAUACGACUGCACAACGGUUCCUGCAUUCCGGUCCUGCACGGAGACGAUGCGGAGCACCACCAGUUAAUGUAUGCUUCUUCGCGCGCAGUGGCUAUGAUCUCUUUGUGGGGUUCCUCGCUGCCUUGAUAAACAGAUGGACUGUGUGUCUAGACUUUCUUCUUUACCUGCGAAUAAAGUCUGAUGAUUCUAAGCCGACAUUGAUAUCUGACAAAAACAGUCCUGAAGGUGUAAUACACCUUGUUUGCACCUCCGGUUCUCAGUGGCUUUUCGUUGACGCUACUCAUCCCAACCUUGUGGAUGUCGUACAACGCCAAGUCCCAGAUCUUCAAAUUAUUCCUCUGCAGAGCGAUGAUGGGAAGACUAUACAAACCCCUGUCGUUUACCCUCCCCUCGAUCAAGAUCACGACUUAGACCUAGAUGUUGUCGCGUAUAAUCUACAUACUUCAGGAUCAACAGGACACCCUAAGUUGAUACCAAUUACUCACCGACAAUGGUACGACCAAACCAUGCGAUUGACACCAUUUCCGGGUCGUGCAGUGUGUACCCCUAUGCCUAUGUUCCAUACGGUGGGGCUUACUUGCUUAACUAAGUUCACUAUCGGUGCAGGCUGCAUACCAGUAAUCAUUGAAUCCGCGCGACCUUGCACAGGAGAAUUACUGUGCUAUGUUCUCGACCGCUUCAAUGGUGCAAUUUGUGUUGCCCCUCCGUCCCUGCUCGAACAGAUCUCCUUGAUGGGAGAAGGAGCAAUACAAGUGCUUGGCUCUAUGCAUAUGGUUUUAUUCGCUGGCGCACCCCUGCAAGAGCCUGUCGGUAACACAUUAGCAAGUCACGGUGUGAAGAUUAUCUCGGCCUUUGGAACCACUGAGACCGGACAAUUAACUGUGGCCGAUGUCAGCUCUAAUGACCCUUUCGAUUGGCCUUAUGUCCGAUUCAUUGAUCCAUCUGAAAUAACACUGGUGGAUGUACCCAAUACGAGCGAUCUGCGGCGUUUAGUUGUCAAGCCAGGCCGUUUUGUGUCUUCUGACCUCGUCAAUCAUUACCACCCUGUUGGCUUCAGCCCGGGAGACCUAUGGCGGGAGCAUCCAACAAGAAAAGGCAUCCCCAAUAGGCUUUGGAAACACGCAGGAAGAAUGAGUAGUGUGACUGUACUUGGCAAUGGAGAGAAGACUGAUAACGAACAGCUUGAGUCACUUGUACUCAAGAAUGCCUUCGUGGAACGUGCGAUUGUAUUUGGCGAAGGGCGUUUGCAGAACGGGCUGCUUGUCCUUCCAAAAGCCACAUCCUGGACCAAUGCUGAUUUCGCGACAUCCUUACAGUCAACCAUUCAGCACAUGAAUGUCGUCAUUCCAAAGCAUUCUCGCGUCGUCCAAGCCCUCGUUAUCCUCGGAAAUCCGAAAAAGCCCUUCGUUCUGACAGACAAAGGGACUAUCAGACGCCACGAGACACUUGCUCUUUACUCCAAAGAGAUUCAGGAAGCGUAUGCGGCUCUCGAGUCUGGGUUUCCUUUUAGACCUCUACCAUUAAAGGAUGAUCACGAGGGCAUUCUAAUGUACAUUCAGGCAAUUGCAGCCCGUGUACUUGGAGUGGAGGUUGCUGUCGAAGAUGACCUUUUCUCCCGCGGCAUGGAUUCCUUAUCAACAGCGAAUUUUGCAGCUUACCUGGCGCCACUUUGGAAACUCGUUAGGGAUACAGAACUGCCUCGUAAUAUCGUCUACAAAUAUUCAUCCAUCGAUGGUCUGCAUCAAGUGAUCACCGGGAGGAUAUCGCACAUCAUGCACCGUAAUAAUGCAGAAUACAUAGAUGCGAUUAUCAAGAAGUGGACAUUUCCGAAUCCUGCCCCAGCCAGUCGUUUAUCGUAUUUGGAACACACACCCAGCGAUAUGGACGACGGUCGCCUGACUGUGCUCCUCACAGGAUCAACAGGCACGUUCGGUAGCCACGUUUUGUCAGAGCUCGUACGGAGGGAAGGAGUCCACGCUGUUUACUGCUUAGACCGCGCGAAUCCUCGUUCGUUGGGUACUCAUACUCAACGAAUAAGAUGCGAAGCUGCGUCAGGCAGAGGGGACACGAAGGUCGAGUUUUGGUUUAUGGAACUCAGAGAAAUCGACUUGGGCUUAGAUCAGGAACCGUUCAGAAAAGACGUUACCCACAUCGUUCAUUGCGCGUGGGACGUGAAUUUCAACCACGAGUUGGAACAUUUUCUUGACCCCCAUGUUCGUGCCCUACACACGAUGCUCGGAUUAUCUGCUUCCAGCGUUCGCACAAAGGCACCGCGUAUCUUUUUCAUCUCCAGCGUUUCUGCUGUUGCGAACUACUCGGGGCCCGAACAUGCUAUCCCUGAAAUUCCUUUUAACUCGUCGAGUUUGCCACUUGAUCAGGGUUAUGCGCAAUCGAAGUAUGUUGCAGAAAGGGUUUUAAUUGAUGCAUCCCGAGCCGCAAAUAUACCAGUAACGAUUGUGCGCGCUGGACAACUUGCUGGCAAUACCACGCUAGGCGCAUGGAAUGCGAUGGAGUAUAUUCCUAUUUUCAUUCAGGCAUGUUGCUCUCUGAAGCUUAUGCCCUCUCAUAUCCCGAACCUAUCAUGGACGCCGAUUGACGUCGCAUCAGCCAUCUUGGUGGACAUCAUGCUGAAGGACCCUCGCAGUGAUGUGACCAAUCUUUUGGUGCGGCACAUCGAUAGUCCCAAAGAACUCACCAGCUCGGAUUUUAUUCAAUGGAUGGUUGAGGCAUCAGGCAAUUCGAUAGUUCUUGUAUCCAGCGAGAAAUGGCUCGACUCAGUGCGAAAUAGCCCAACGGUCUUAAAGGCGAAGCAUCUCCUACCAUUCUUCGAACAGUGGCUGUCUAAUGCGGCCCGAUGCAGUCAUCGUGUACUCAGCGUACAAGAUACGAAGCUUUUGUCUGGAAACUUUUCUCGAGCACAGAUAACCCCAGAACUCUUCAGACAGUAUGUGGACUUCAUUCUUAGGUCAAACAGUUUAUCAAGUAGUGUAUAA